GUCAUCCUGUUGAAUUAGGUGCUAAAAGUGUGGCUGAGUUCUCUUUCAAUUCUGGAAUAAACUCUCGUUUUUAUGUUGCUCCUUUCUCUCGUUUUAGUCGAUGUAACAAGUGUCUAGCAGCUCUCUUCUCUUGGCUACCAUGGCGAUUCAGGUCACCCGGAGUGAUGACAGAUUUGGAUUUCAUGUUGCUCAAACUAUAUCGUACUAAUGCUGGACUAGGAUCAGUCUUUAAAGAGAUACAGGUUGAGCUUGAACUAAAGAGACUAAAAGAGAGGGAACAAGAGACACUGACACUGCAUAGAAAUAAAAUUGAUAAUGUGAAUGACAAAGAGGGUGAACUGUUUUGGACAUUCUCUAUCAAAGACAACAAGACCCCAUACCAAUCAUUUAAAACAAUUGACAGAUCAACUAGCAUUGAGGUGCCAGGCUCAGUGAGAGGUGCAAUAUUAGGACUCUCUGCAUAUUCUCCUACUAAUAAAGGAGCUUUGUGUAUCAGUUUUGGCAGUGAAUCUGGUAUUGGGGAAGCAUUGUCACACGUCUUUGAUCGAGUUGGUUUUGUAAAAUUUACGCGUUACAAUAAAAAAUUAGAUGAAGAUGUAUCAGGAGCUGACAAAACACAAAAGAUCAUUGAUUUGCAAAUUUAUGUUUCUGCAUAUGUAAGCGUGACUCUACCAUCAAACAUUCUGUCAUUGAGCAUCAACCAUAAUAUUGAGGUAAAUAUUGUCAACACUUCAUGCUAA